CCUGCCAUGCAUACUUGCAUAAUUUUUCUUUUCACGUGUAGGGGGAGUGGAGUCAGAGGUAAAUAGGUUCAUAGCUCGCACGUCUAAACAUGUCGAUGUAGCCUGGUCUUGAUGUUCCGACAGCUGCAAACUUGUUCGCUCGGUGGAAGCCGCAGGAUGUUGAUGAACAUCCUGCACCGGCUCAAUUAAACGAAUGUGCAGAAGAGUUUCAAACGUCCGGAGCAGCUCGCGCGAUUGCGGAGGAGUCGAAUGGGGAACGUUUGGACCCGUGUUUACGGUAGUUUUAUAAAAUGCAGAGUCACUGACCGGGCCUCACAUCUGCAGAAGGAAUUCCAUGACCGGUGUUAGUGUGGCGGCAGAGAGGUGCAACGUGUGUUUGGGAACGGGAGUUUUGGAGCUUGAGGGAAAUAAAAGCAGUGGGACGGACAGACUCCAUGGCUCAGGAAAAGAAGAAAGGAGGGGUCCUUCCUCCUGAUGGCGGGUGGGGAUGGAUGAUCGUGGCUGGUUGCUUUGUGGUAACUGUUUGCACAAGAGCUGUUACAAGAUGCAUCUCCAUAUUCUUCGUUGAGUUUCAGAUGCACUUUGCAAGAGAUUACUCUGGGACGGCAUGGAUUCAUUCAUUAGUAGACUGCACAACCAUGCUGUGUGCUCCACUCGGAAGCCUGAUUGGGAAUCAUUUGUCAUGUCGUGUAGCUGUAAUACUAGGAGGAUUCUUGGCCUCCAUAGGUUUAGUCCUCAGCUCCUUCGCAACCAGUCUGGAAUACCUUUACCUUACCCUGGGAGUGUUGACUGGGUUAGGCUUUGCCCUUUGCUACACUCCAGCUAUUGCCAUGGUCGGUAUCUAUUUCUGUGAGAGGAAGGCUCUGGCUUAUGGCAUUGCCAUGUCUGGCAGUGGCAUCGGGACCUUCAUUCUGGCCCCAGUAGUGCAGCUGCUAAUCGAACACUACUCGUGGCGAGGGGCCCUCCUUAUUUUAGGGGGCUUUGUAUCUAACCUGUGUGUGUGUGGAGCUUUGUUACGGCCUAUAAUUCUAAAAGAAGAGGAGGCUUGUCCUCUUCCAGUAGACUCAGAGUGCGAGUAUGGUGUUAAGCCUCCCAACGUUCCUACUGGAAAGUCCGUGGAUGACAAUUUAGAAGUAGACUCUAAACAACGUUGUCUGCAGUACAUGCAGGAAUACCACUUUUUGCUCAUGCCUGACUUCCUAGUGUUGGCAGGCUCCUUCCUGCUGCUGGCCAGUGGGUGCAGUCUUCCAUUUGUGUACCUAGUACCGUAUGCGCUGGAUGUAGGUGUCGGUCAUCAGCACGCUGCCUUCCUGAUGUCCAUACUAGGGGUCAUUGACAUUGUUGGCAACAUCACGUUUGGCUGGCUCACUGACAGGAGGUGUCUGAAGAAGUACAGGAAUAUAUGCUACAUGUUUGCUGUGGGAAUGGAGGGACUGUGCUGUCUUUUUAUACCCCUCUUGCACACAUUUGUCUUGCUGGUACCCUUCUCUGUGCUCUAUGGGUACUUUGACGGGGCCUAUGUUGCCCUCAUUCCUGUUGUAACAUCAGAUGUUGUAGGGACAACAUACCUAUCAUCAGCUCUAGGAGUUGUGUACUUCCUCCACGCUGUUCCUUAUCUGGUCAGCCCACCCAUUGGAGGUUGGUUGGUAGACACCACAGGGACUUACACAGCUACGUUCUUUCUGAGCGGGUUUGCCCUGAUCUCCAGUUCUGUCCUGCUGUUUUCAGUCGCUCUCAUUCGCCGUUGUCAGAAGAACCAAAAGAACAGUCUCAACAAUGACCCAAAACUGGUGUCAUGUGAAGGCAAACAAGCAGACUAUUAUACUUCUAAAACAAAAGACUUGAGGAUAGUUAUACCAGCUACUUCAUAGCAUUGGUAUAGCAAUUUGUAUUUUUUUUUGUUAUUGGUUUAAUCAAAUUUUGUUAGCAUGUAUAGUCAGUAAUAAUGCUUAAUUGAUUGAAUUGUUCCUUCAGAGGAGUUACGUUUAUAAAAAAUCUUAUUUGCCUUUUAUUGACUUUGUUAAAAAAAAAAAAGAAUCUCAUCUACACUAGCAACUUUAAAAACACACACAUCAGGAAUUUGUAUAUAUUUUUGUAUCUAUCUCUCAAAUUUCACAAUAAUGUCAAUGAGUUUUUCUUCAAUUAAGCAGGUUAUGACUAAAGUUCCAACUGUAGUAUGUUUAUUUAAGUCAGUAGAGGGCAGUGCUGAUUUCUAGAUAUCUGGACGGUCUGAACUGUAAAAUUCAGAUAUGAAGGGUAAAUGUCAUCACUCUGAUGUUUUUGACAAGUUGUAUUUUUUUAUGAUCAUGAGUUUGCUACAACUAAGCAGUUUCUAUAUUUUACAAAAUGCUCAAGAAAUAGGCUUAUGUACGUUUGUAUGCAUGCUACUAAUCUCAACCAGCUGGUACUCAUAAAUAAUUACCAUCAGAAGAAUGUCAACUUAUCAAAAGGUAAGAAACAAACAAAAACAAAAAACAACUAUGACAAUGGGGGAAAAACCUAUAUAUGAACUACUAAAAGAUAGCUGCUUUAAGGUACUGUAAUCAACAUUUUUAAAUAAUACCCCAGCAGUAGUAUACAUAUCAAAUAAAUAAAAACAAUAUCAGAUCUGAUGGACCCAUA